AUGGAAAUCAUAAGCUGGUGGUAUAUUCUUUCAAUCAUCAUCUUACAUAUGAAGUAAGAUAACUUAGAAUUCUUGGAAGAAAAGAGAGUCAAGGAUUUGGUUAAAAAACAUUCAGAAUUUAUUGGAUUCUCAAUUGAAUUAUAAAUAGGAAAGAAAAACAGAGAAGGAAGUUAGUAAUGAUG